AAAGAAUAGUUUUUAUUAAAAAUUGUCAACAAAUGGAUAACCUUAAAGUUUGACUAAUUUUUUUAAUAUGUUAAGCCGAAAUUGUGUAAUUCUUUCAAGACAUGUUUUAAAUCAGACGGUAAAUUUAUACGAAAAGAAUUGUUUUCAUCAAAAUGCUAAACAUCGAAUCUAUCUUCACAAAUUGGAUGGUAAAAAUGGUUGGCGUUCUAUAUCCUGGACAAAAGUAUUUUUUAAUGACCAAUCUUCAGACGACCUGAAAAGCAAAAACAAAAACCUUCAGAAUAAAAGUGAUAAAAAGACAAAGCCAGUACUGGAAGUAAUUUCACCGGAACUGACUGCAGUUAAAAAAGAAACAACAGUUGUACUGGAAAAUGUCAAAGAAAAGAGUCUUCAAUCUGAAAAUGAAGAAAAUCCCAAAAUAUUAUCUGCAGAUUCAAUUAAGAAGUUGAAAGAUAAAAUUAUUGGGAAAGGAGAAAAAGAAACAGAAAAAGCAAAAUCUCCACCUAAGAAAAGAAAGAGGAUUGAUCUGUCUGCUCAAUCCUUGGAAAGAAACUUCAUAACACCUGUGAAGGCUAUGUCUGAUUUUCUCCUAAAGCCAUCUGAUCUAGAAGUAUUACCAAAAACAAAAAGAAGGUCCCCUUAUGAGUCUGAACCACCAAUAACAGUCUAUUGGAGGAAAGAUGUCGAAGCCAAAGCAUUAGAAAUAUGGGGAACACAUGAAAAUCUUCAUAGGGAACUUUUAAAGAGGGAUAUUGAAAAGAAGAAAUAUCAACAAAAUAUUUUUACUGUCAAAAGAAGACUUAGAGAUUUCCGACGAGAAAUGGGAAAAUCUGCAGAUAUAAUAGAAGAUGAUGGUGGAUUGAUGGGAAGAUCUGGAAAAGUUGUUCUUACAGCAGUAGUUAUAAAUGGAACAAAUUUUUUAUUUAAGUUAUGUGCAUGGGUGUACACUGGUUCCCACAGUAUGUUCUCAGAAUGUAUUCAUUCUUUAGCAGAUACAAUCAACCAGCUUAUUUUAGCGUAUGGGAUUCACAAGUCUGUUCAGAUUGCAGAUUCCUACCAUCCAUAUGGCUACUCCAAUAUGAAGUAUGUAGCAUCAUUGAUUUCAGGUGUUGGAAUCUUUUGUGUAGGUACAGGAUUGUCAGUUUACCAUGGCAUAUCUGGCCUGCUUCAUCCAACUCCAUUGGAAGACUUCUUUUGGGCCUACUUCAUCUUAUGUGGUUCUCUAGUAUCGGAGGGUGCCACUUGGUUAGUUGCAUUUAAUUCAAUAAGAAAAGGUGCCAGAGAAGUCAAUAUGACUGUAAAGGAGUACAUUUUUAGAGGCCAAGAUCCUAGUGUAAAUGUUGUCUUGUUAGAAGACUUUGCCGCUGUGAUUGGAGUUAUAGUGGCUGCUGGUUGUAUGGGGGUGUCUUCUGUAACAAAUAGUCCUGUACCUGAUGCUUUAGGAUCACUACUUGUUGGGUGUAUUUUGGGCUCUGUAGCAUCUUUUAUAAUAUACACCAAUGUUGCAGCACUUGUAGGCAGAUCAAUACCAGAAGAAAAUUUAGAAAAAAUAAAUACCGAAUUGGAGAGGGAUAUUAUGAUUAGAGCAAUUCAUGACGUGAAAGGCAUUGAUAUGGGUAGUUACUUGGUACGAUACAAGGCAGAGCUAGAUUUUGAUGGAAGGGAAUUGACAAGAGCUUACUUAGAUAAGCUUGAACUAAAUGAACUAUUAGAGGAAAUUAAGGGAAUUGACAAUAUAGACAAACUAGAAGAAUUUAUGUUAAAACAUGGUGAAAAUAUUGUAGAUAUGAUGGGAGGUGAAAUUGAUCGAAUAGAAAUGAAACUGAGGAAAAAGCAUCCAGAAAUUCGGCAUUGUGAUCUAGAAAUACUUUAGUUAGAGCCAAGUUAUAAACAUCUUAAUUUUACUACAUAGGGGAGUCAAGAUAGAACGAAAACAUGCAUUGUUUCGGAAUAAUUCAAACAGGCUCAUAUUUUUCUAAAACUUUUUUUGUUAGUUUAUAUACAUGUUAAAGUAAAAAGUUCUACUCACAGACUUUGCCGCUAAUUGUUUAAACAAUAACAAUUGUUUUGUAUAAAUAAUUUUAAAAAUAUCGUUGAAUUCAUCAUUUUACUUUGAUCAAAUAUGUUUCUAUUUUGUUUUUGAUUAUCCUGAAUCCGAAUAUGGCAUUACAAUUCGAAAAUUCUUAUACAGUAGCUCUUAUACAGUAUGUCUGCGUAGCUAGGAUCCAUAUGGGAAACUUUUUUAUUAUCAAUUUUACGAAAAGAAAUUAUUCUCCAUAAAAUGGUCUGCAUAGCCUAAAAUCUAAAACUCAACCAUCAGAUAUCAAAUUUUAUCAAUUUUAUACGAGGUAUGUCAAAAAUAUGAAUUUCGAUAAAGAGUAAAGUACCUUUAUAUUCCAGAAUAAUAAAAAUUGUUAUUAUGAAAAGUUAUUUGGAAUUAAAACAAUGUUUUAAUAUACAAAUACAUCCUUCUAAUUAAAAAAAAUUAAAUUUUUUCUCAAAUUACGCGAUAUACAUCAUCAUUUUAUUACAUUUCUGAUAACCAUUUUAUUAUGUAAUUGAAGGAUUGAUUUUAUUAUGUAAGGAUGUAAUUGAACAUUAUUGAAACUUAGUUUUUAAUUCCAAACAAAUUUUCUUAAUAACAAUUUUCGAUAUUGUGAAAUUUAAAGGUACUUUACUCUUGAGUGAAAUUCAUAUUUUUUUAUAUACCUCGUAUAAAAUUAAUAAAAUUUGAUAUCUCAUGGUUGCAUCUUAGAUUCUAUACGAUGCAGAGUAUUUUAUAAAGAAUAACUUUUUUCGCAAAACUGAUAAUAAAAAAAUUAUCAAUAGGUUCCAAUUUACGCCGACAUACUGUAUAAGAGCACAAAAAAAAAUUUUUGUAACAUUUAUUAUUGUUGAAGCCUAUUAAUAAAUGUAUUUUAGGUAAGUUUUAAGCAGGUAAUUUUUAGUUUUUGUAUUACAUUUUUUUAUCUUUUUUAAUUUUCUCAAAAAGAAAUUGUUUAUUUCAUUUCUAAAGUAAAAUAAUUUAGUGCAUUUUAAAGAUUACAUCCUAAGCUUUAAAAAACACCUAUAAAAUUGUAAUAAAUCUGUUCAAACUUGAGUAAUAUCGUCUUAAAAUGGUAGUAAUUUUGUAAAACAAAAAAGUGUUCAAAAAUUACAUUUUUUGAGACGUCGUAUAAUUUGAAUUAAAUUUUUGAGAUUUUUUUUGAAAGGAACAUCGUUUAGUAAGAUGUUUGAAAGGUAAGUUGUGAUAAUUUGAGAGUUCUAUAAGUAAAAUCGUAUUAUUUCCACAUUUUUAAAUAAUUUUUAAACAAAAUUCAUGUAAGUCUCACUUUCCGCCCACACCUUACUUAUGCCCAUACAAUUUAUUUCUUUUCAUUAUAAACAUAAGAUAGCUUAACUGUUCUUCUUUCAUCUACAGUUUGUAAAAUUUCAUUUGAUCCAUUAGUUAAAGAAUUACGUUAAAAUAACUCAACCGUGCAUUUCUCCGAACGCUAGUUUACAGUGCGCCAAUGUUUGUGAGAAGGGUGACUUUAGCGUUACAAAUAAAAAAUUAUAGAAGCUAUAGAUUUAAUUUUAGAAAAAUCUUUGUACAUGGUGUCCAGAAACUCUACCGACAAACGAAGACAGGAGAUUCCUCCAAUAAUUUUAAGAUAUUUUAGCCCAAUUCACCUAGUCCGAAAAUGCUUCCUAAAGGAGCUAGAGCUCUUUGAAGAUGGCGUCUUGUACAUAGUUUUUCUUAAAUAACUCCAGAACGCUUCUAUUGAGAAAAACGAAAAUUGGUACACAUAUUUAUCUUCCAAAGAUAAAUCGACUCCAUGCAUUGCAAAUUUCUAGUACCAGUCAUAGGCGUCCGUUUUGGGUAGGGCAACAAUUGUUUUAUCGCAUAACUUUUUUAUCUUUAAUUUUUAAGCAUUUUUGACUAUGGAUUAUUAAAUUGUGAGAUAUUCUACAACUAAAAGGUACUCUUGUUUUAGGUCGAUAGGAUACACCGUUUUCUAGAAAAAUCGAUUUGAAAAUUUUUCUUUUUUUGAAUUUCCAAAAAAACUUUCAAAAAAAAAACUAUUUAGAAAUCUGAAAACUGGUACGUUUAUUUAUAUUUCAGAGAUGAAUCGAUUUCAUUAACUGCGAAUUUCUAGUACGGGUCAUAUGCGUCCGUUUUGGGUAGGUCAACGGUUAUUUUAUCGCAUAACAUUUUUGUCUUUAAUUUUUAAGCAUUUUUGACUCUAGAUUAUUAAGUUAUGAGGUAUUCUAGUACUAAAUGUUACUCUUGCUUUAAGUUGAUAAAAUACACCGUUUUUUUUGAAAAAUUUUUUCAAUUUUUAUUCAAAUUCAAAAAACGAAAAGUUUUCAAUUCGAUUUUUCUAGAAAACCGUAUGUCCUACGGACUUAAACCAAGAGUACCUUUUAGUACUAGAAUACCUCACAAUUGAAUAAUUCAGUGUCAAAAAUGACUAAAAGUUAAAGACAAAAAAGUUAUGUGAUAAAAUAACCGUUGCCCUACCCAAAACGGACGCCUAUGAUCGGUACUAGAAAUUGGCAAUGGAUGAAAUCGAUUUAUUCCUGGAAGAUAAAUAUACGUACCGAUUUUCGUUUUUCUAAAUUGAAGCGUUCUGGAGGUAUUUAAGAAUAACUAAUUACAAGAAGCCAUCUUCAAAGAGCUCUAGCUCCUUUAGAAGCAUUUUCGGACUAGGCGAAUUGAGCUAAAUUGUCUUAAAAUUAUCUGAAGAAUCUCCUGUCUUCGUUUGUCGGUAGAGUUUCUGGAGACCCUGUAUAAGGUUUUUUUUUAUACUCACCGGACACCGCACACAUCUUAUGGAAAAUAGAAUGUCACUCAAACUCAAUAAAAUUUAUAUGAAUAGAUUCGUUUCAAAUUAACGGUCAAUUCUUAUCAUUGCGCCCACUCUGUAUUUUCAAUAGUAAGAGCAGAAAUUGAUAUAAAUAAAUCUGAAAUCAAAUGGGUACGUACAUAAGUUAGAGAGAGAAAAAAUAUUUUAAAAUACCCAAAUUAUCGGUACUAUUAUACUGAAUUUUUUAAUGGUCAAGUCAGUUUUUUUCUAAAAUUUAUAUUUUCGGAUUUAUUUAAAAAAUCAUUUAAUUUCGCAGUUCAUUUGUUUAAUAAAAAAUGAAGCACCCACUUCUCGAGUAGAACUUUUUGAUAUGUUGUUUAUUAAACAUUUCUUAAUGAAAUUACAAAAAGUUCUAUCUUGUUUGAUUUUUUCCGAAGUGAAAUUCUAUAUGCACUCCCCUAACAGUAUUUUUGAACUUACAAUUUAAGCUUAUUGUGUCCUAACAGCUGUAGGUAGCUUCUAUCCAAACGUGUUUGUUCAAUGUGGUAAAAGUUCAAUGAUUCUUUCCUAUAUUUUUUUAAGUCAUAUUUAUUGCUCUUACGCCAAUAUUUAAUAGAGAUUAAGAAAAAAUAUGUGAAUAAAUUUUAAACACUU